GGGCGGGCGCUGUGGCGGAGGAGCCGCCGCCAUUUCGGUGUCGCUGGGAGCGGGGCCGGGGGAGCGGCGAGGGAGCGGCGAUGGAUCCCGGAGCCCGCCCGGGCGGCGGCGGCGGCGCCCCGGGGCAGUCCCGAGAGUACAAACUGGUGAUGCUGGGCGCGGGCGGCGUCGGCAAGAGCGCCAUGACCAUGCAGUUCAUCAGUCACCGGUUCCCAGAGGAUCAUGAUCCCACCAUUGAGGAUGCCUAUAAAAUCCGGAUUCGCAUCGAUGACGAACCUGCCAACCUGGAUAUUUUGGACACAGCAGGACAGGCAGAGUUCACAGCCAUGAGGGACCAGUACAUGAGGGCUGGCGAGGGCUUCAUCAUCUGCUACUCCAUCACGGACCGGCGCAGCUUCCACGAGGUGCGCGAGUUCAAGCAGCUCAUUUACCGCGUGCGCCGCACCGACGACACCCCCGUGGUGCUGGUGGGCAACAAGUCCGACCUCACCCAGCUGCGCCAGGUGUCCAAAGAGGAAGGCUCUGCUUUGGCACGGGAAUUCAACUGCCCCUUCUUUGAGACGUCGGCCGCGUUCCGCUACUACAUCGACGACGUGUUCCACGCGCUGGUGCGCGAGAUCCGCAGGAAGGAGAAGGAGGCCGUGAUGGCCAUGGAGAAGAAAUCCAAGCCCAAAAGCAGUGUCUGGAAAAGACUCAAGUCUCCCUUUCGGAGGAAGAAGGAUUCGGUCACUUGAACAGAAAAUUCCUCUGCAAAACAGGACAAAAGCUGUGACCUUUUGUGACCAAAGCAGCUCGGUGACAACACUGACAGGAUGUGUGACACCUGAGGGGACUUUGGGAGGGAAUGCGUAACUCUGCCAGUUGUUUUUGUUUAGAACCAUGUUCCCUUGAUCCUGGAUAUUGACCUUCAGACCCAGUGACAGUUGUACUUUGUUUGUUGUCAUUUUUUACUGGACCCAGCACGUGUUGGCCACAGAGGCCAAUGGGUUUGUGGCCCUGCACUUCGGAGUGUUUGUUCUUGGUCACAGUGCCCUGGCAGCUGAACUGUGCCAACCAUUGCUGGAGUUGCACCCAGCCUCGCUGAACCCAUGUUGUUUGCACAAGAGGAUUUUGCUGCUCUCCAGAUCAACAACCCACAGAGUGAGAGGCUGAACAGGCGUUCACAAAGCGUCAUGGCCUUGGAGGUCACUGAGCAGAGCUGGGCUGGACUUCUUGUGCCCUCAUGGAAUAGAUUUCUUUCCAGGAAAAUUGACGUGGAAUACUGGUGUGCAAGUCCAUCCAAGUGAUCAGUUUCUCAGCAGUGCUGCAGGUGGGAUGUAAACAAGCCAGAAUCACAGAAUCAUUUAAAUGGAGAUCAUCGAGUCCAGCCUGUGACCCAGCACCAUCCUGUCACCCAGACCAGAGCAUUCAGUGCCACCUCCAGUCCUUUGAACACCUCCAGGGACUGUGACUCCACUGCCUCCUGAGCAGCCCCUUCCAAAUUCCCGUCACCCUUUGUCAUGAAGGCAAACUGUGGUUCCUGUGGCAGCUGUGGCUUGGCAGCAGUGCAUGGACAUGUGGGCUGUUCCUGCUGCAGACAGCACUGAAGGUGCUGCCACAGCCCCUGGAGUGUGAUGUGCUGGAGUAGCCACAGCUUGGAGCUCCCUGGCUCGUUAAAAAUCCUGGUGGGAACGGGGCACUGGCUGAGUUGGUCAGCUUUGUGUCACCCUAAAGGAGCCAGCGACUUUGGGAAGUGGGAGUCUCUGAUAGUCAUUCCCAGCUGUUCUGUGGGAACUGUUUUGCGGAGAAAGUGGCUGAUCCUGAGGGUCUGGGCCCAGAACUGACAUUCCCUCAUCCCGGUGGGGUUCUCCCAGUGCAGUCUGAGCAUUGCUGGAGCAGGGGAGGGAAGCACAGGCCCAGCAGCUCCUCCCCUCCCUGAUCUCACCUGUGCAGGUAACUGGGGCAGUUUCUGAUGCUCACAAAGAGCGAUUUGCUUGUGAGGCAGAUCCUCCACACCUGGAGGGACUCCGUGCCCUCGAGCUGAUUGGUUUUACAGCAGUUUUGGGAUCAGGUGCCUGGUGCUCCUGUGGAUUUUGCUGUUUAACCAUAGGACAAAUCACAGCUGAGUAACUCAGAUGUGGUUAAAAGCAGUUUUCUCUGAACCAAGUGCCUGGAAUCCUUCGGUGGGAGAGUGAAAGAGUUGAUUGGACUGAAGUGAUCUUCCUGAUCUCCACUCAGAUCUGUGCUGUCAGUCUGUGCUGCACGGGACAGGGGCAUCCAAACUGAGAACCCAGGUGUAAAAGGAUUAGUAAAGGAAGUGAGGAUAAAAAAAAUUAUAUAUAUAUAUAUAUAUAUGUAAAAAAACUCCUAUUACCUAAGAUAGGACUGGAAGUCCUGUGCCUGUUGGUUUUAAGAAUAUUUUCUUUGUGGAAGAUUUAAACAAAUGAGAAUUGUGGCAGGGGCUACAUUUUACAUUUGCUCUGUGAUGAGCUGGACAUUUAAAUUGGUUUCCAUUUCUCGUCUCCUCCCAGUGCUACGCUGCUCUGGCAGCAAUCACAGAAUCGAAAAAUUGCUUGGAAAAGGCUGAGGACACUUGAGAUUGUUCAGAAUUUCAGAUUCUUUCCUGUUCCUGUGUGAGCGGCCGCGGGCAUCUCUUCAGCGUUCUCAUUGUUGGAUUAAAAACUGCCUGAAACUCAGAUAAAAACACCACCUGGCCAAAAACUGCAGGAAGAGGAGGAGGAAUGAGCUCAGAAGUGGCUCUAAAGCAUUUUUGGGCUCUUGUCAGGUGUUUCAGAGCCGGGGCCUGACGGUGAUGAUGUAUUUUCCAGUGCUUCUCCAUCAGCUCUCGGAGCACAGCUGAAGGAGCCUGGCAGAGGUGCUGAACGCUGUACAGGACUAUUUUCACCCCUAAAUAACUGAAUUCUGUGCCUUACCUGAGUCCUGCAAUGCAGUUUAGGUGUUUACUAAUGCCUUUGGUGAGCCUGUUGCUUCUAGAACUCGUAGAGCAGAACAGCAGCCAGCACUUUUUCUUUUGUACACAGUGUUAUUCAAAGAGUUUUAUUUUUUGUCAUGUAUAAAUUUGUACACAGACUGAUUGUUUUAUUUGACACAAUAUAUAUAAUUUUUAAUACAAACUCUCUGCUUUGGAUGUGUCGGUCUGUGGUGGGGUUGUUCAGCUUGAGAAUGCUGAAGGAGGACAGUUCAUUGUGUGCUUGUAAAUUUGGGAUGUGCUUCCCGUGCUUGAAAAAAAAAGAGUUGGUUCAUUGCAUUUGAGUGGUGCAAAGGCUAAAACUUCUGUGAGUCUGGUGCUAAAUUGUUGAAAUAUGAACAUUUUCCAUCCA